CGUGCCUUAAUUCAGAAACUUGAAACGUCGAGAAGGCUAUCUCAAGUGCUGUAUUUACAAUUUUAAUACCCCCAAGCCCUAAACCCCGAAACAAGAAACAUUCUGCCCUGCCCGAUAUUAAAACUUUCGCCAAGUUAUCCAGCUGCCCGAUAGCACCAAACGCAUCAUGGAGCGACCUGAGACAAAAACACCCCUCAAAUGCUAUAACUACAGAUGUACCGAUAGCUCACCUGAAAAUUCCCUCCGCUGUUCUGGGUGCAUGAAAGUUCGUUACUGCUCCAAGGAUUGUCAGAAACAGGACUGGAAAGAGCACAAGUCCUUCUGCAAGCACGUAUCGACCAACGGCACCAGCUCUGCGUCUUUUGAUGACUUGGAAUACUAUCAGAAAGUCGCGGCGCAUGAUGCUAAAGCACAGGACCUUGCCAAUGAAAUUGGUCUUGUCCUUCCCACCGCCACCAAUAAGUCAUCUCUUGCACUCAACCUGCCCAUACGACGUCUGGUGCUCACGGGAAAAGAUACACCAGAGAACUUCUCACUUUUCUUCGGCCAGAACAAGUCCAAUUCAGUCACCCAAGCCCAUAAGUCUAACCGCAUGGAAGCACUCCUAGACCCCCCUGCGGGUUCCUCCAUGGAUGUAAUGGCGAGAUCCAGAAAGUUUGACGAGAACUGCCCUCCUCGCAAUGUUCGUCCGCCUUCCCAAGCAGAAGCUGGGGAAAUCAAGAAGAUCAGAGACAUGCAGGAAACUAUUCGUCGGCAUAUGGGGGCUCGGGGUGUCGAGGACGUUACCUCUAGUGAUAUGAGAGAUAUCCUGGUAAAGAACUUUGGUAAUCGAUGGUCAGAAGCGCUCCAAGUUUAUAACCACGCUCUCAACUCAAUGGAUCGCAAUAUAAGGCCGCCGGGGAUUUACGAUUAACGGAAUGCUUGACUUAGCAAACUC